CCAAGUUCAAAAUACUGAAGAAGAAAUAAAUAAAUAAAUAAAAGAACGGAGAAACCCUCUCUUUCUGUACUCUAGACAGACACUUCACAUUCCAAGCAGCCAUCACUGUAACUUUCGGCAACCUUGUCUUCUCCUCGUUUGAGCCCAAGAUUUUUAGAGAAAUGGCUGCCAGUUUCGUUUCUAAAUGCUCUCGUGGGGACUGUUCAUUGUUCAGGGGCCUUGGUACCAAUGUUUCUAAUUUACUGAGCACAGCCACUCGAAUGACAUGGAGUAAUUUCUUAUCUCAGCAUCAAAGAACUUUCAUACAGAUGAGGACUGUUCUCAAGGUUGUGGAUAACUCAGGAGCAAAAAAGGUGAUGUGCAUACAACCUUUGAAGGGGAGGAAAGGGGCAAGGUUGGGGGACACCAUCAUUGCCUCUGUAAAGGAAGCUGCUCCAAAUGGAAAAGUGAAGAAAGGCGCGGUUGUGCGAGGUGUAGUAGUGCGUGCUGCAAUGCAGCGUGGCCGUUGUGAUGGGAGUGAGGUCAAGUUUGAUGAUAAUGCAGUAGUGAUUAUUGACAAGCAAGGCCAGCCAGUGGGGAGCAGGGUUUUUGGGCCAGUUCCACAUGAGCUGAGGAAAAAAAAGCAUGUCAAGAUCCUUGCUCUGGCAGAGCAUAUUGCCUGAGGUAUGGAUUACUUUGGUUUCUAUGUUCUAGACAUCUGGUAUAAUUUUUCAUUUAAAAAAAAAAGGAAAAUGGGUAGAGUUUUUAAAAGAGAACAAAACUGUUCUAUACUUUCGUGGAGAAUGUUAUAGCAUCCAGUGCUGAGCAACUAGUUAUCGCAGCAAAAGUCAUUGUUUUGCCCCUGGAUUUAUAUAGGUCCUGCUUUUAAUUUGCAUUA